AUGAAGCUCUCCUCCAUACUCGACAAGGGCCGCGCUCUCGCGGAGGACGCCAAGAAGAUUGCCGAGUCCAAGCUCGCGGAGGCGCGGCAGCUCGCCGAGGAGGGCGCCGGGGCGCUUCGCUCGGCGACGGCGCGGACGGAGCUCGUGCCCUUCCGAGGGUACCCGGUUCUCAUGAAGGAGGUGGCGCUCGCGGAGGGCGGCUUCGCGUACGUGCACAUGGCACGGCACGCCGAGACGGGCGAGCUCUUUGCGGUCAAGCGGAUGCUCGCGCAGGACGCCGAGUCCGCAGAGCUGGCCAAGGCGGAGCGAGACCUGAUGGAGUCACUGCCGCGGCACCCGAACAUCGUGGGCAUGCUCGCCUCGACGCAGCGGGCGGGCGUGCGCGGCCAGGAGCACCUGCUCCUCCUCGAGUACUGCUCGCAGGGCACGCUCAUCAAGCACUGCAUGCCGGACGCCUCGGGCGCGUUGCCGCCUCCGCUGCCGUUGCCGGAGACGCUGGACGCCUUCUUGCAGGUGUGCAAGGGAGUGGCCCACCUGCACGCGCAGAGCCCGCCGGUGGCACACCGCGACCUCAAGCUCGAGAACGUCCUCGUCGACGCGCGCGGCGUCUGCAAGCUCUGCGACUUUGGGUCCGCAACGAGCCGCACUCUAGACUGCGACUCUGCCUCGCGGCAGAUGCGCCUUGACGAGGAGGACCGGAUCAGCCGGUACACCACCGCAAUGAACCGCGCGCCAGAGAUGGUCGACGUCUGGGCGCUCGGAACGCUGCUCUUUGCGCUUGCCUUUCAGCGCCACCCGUUCGACGGCGACUCUCCAAACCUGCAGAUCCUGAGCGGACGGUACCGCGUGCCUGCCAACGCGGCGGAUCCGGCGAGAAGGCCCGAGGUGGUCGACGUGGCGCAGGCGGCGUCGGUGCUCAAGGCGGAGGCGGCGUCCGGCGCGCUCUCCUCCCCAAAGGGCGAGGCGCCGCGCAGGGGCGAGAAUGGUGCUGCGCGGGCGCGCAACGGAAGCGGGCGGGGCAGCGGCGGCGGCGGCGGCGGCGGUUCGGCGAUGCGGUUCGAGGACAUGAUGCGCGGCGAGUCGGUGGGUGCGCCCGCCGCGGCGGCGCCGGCGUGGGAGGCGGACUUCUCCUCCUUCUCCGCGCCUGUCGAGGCGGCGGGCAGCGGCUGGGCGGACUUUGACGCCGAGAGCUGUGGCACGUCGGCGGGCGCGUCGUCGCUGCCGCAAGGUGCGGGUGCUGCGGCCGUGACGGAGCAGCUGGGCACGGCAGACCUGUUGGGUGGCUUUGACGGCGAUGCGGCCGCCGAAGCGCCGUGGGCUGCUCCGGAUGCCGAGAGCGAUGCUGCAUGUAGCACCAACGCGGGGGCGGGCGCGGGUACGGCGGGGAGGGCGGCUGUGCUGGGCGGCGACGCGAGCGCGCGGCAGCCGUCUGCAGAGUCGGCCCGGGGAGGCGAGAGGCCCUCCUUCUCGAGCGGAGAGCAGGUGAUCAUCAGCGGCCUCAGGUCGCGGCCCGAGCUCAACGAUACGGUUGCAACCGUCAUCGGCCCGGCAGCGGCCGCAGGGCGCUUCAACGUGGAGGGCGCGGGCGGCGCCGUGUAUGCGCUCAAGAAGGAGAACUUGCACUCGAGAAGGUCAAUCUGA